UAUUUAGCUAUUGCGUGUUUUUCUGGAACGUUCAGCGUCCAGCGUAUAUAAGCUGGCACUAACAGCGCGGGCCUUCAAGGCCGACAUUAGCUGCGGUAUCAACAAGAAGUACUUAAACAACAACUCUCCAUCCACAUUCUGUGUCGCAGUAGCUGCUAACUUCUUCUCCAACAAAGAUGGCUCUCAUCAACGCAUUUCUCAGAGACUUGUGGAGCGAUCCCUGGAAGGAAAUGACCGGUUCGUCCCGACUCUUUGAUCAGGAUUUUGGGUAUGUCCUCUCUCCUGAGGACAUGGUCGUGCCGAGGUACUGGCGACACCCGAUGAUGGUACCCAGAAUGCAGCGUCCACCCCAGGCUAGCGGUAUGUCUGAGGUCGUCAACGACGAAAAGGAAUUUCGCAUGAGUCUGGAUGUGAAGCAUUUUAAGCCAGAAGAGAUCAACGUCAAGACACGCGACAACAGGGUCGUCAUCGAAGCUAAGCACGAAGAACGCCCCGAUGAGCACGGCUUCAUCAUGCGACAGUUCACUCGUCAGUACGUCCUGCCAAAGGACGUAGACCCUAAUGCUGUGACAUCGACGUUGAGUCCAGACGGCAUGCUGACGAUCAAGGCGCCGAAGAAAGCUCUGCCAGAGACUGAGGAGCGUGUCAUUCCAAUCGAGCACGAGGCCACCCAGAAACUGGAGCAGUAACCGCCUUCAGUCUGUGAGGGUACAGGCGUGGAACAUUCGCCCAGAAUCUUCCGUUUUCAGAUGGACUUCAAAUGAGGCACUACAAUCAGUAACCGGGUGUUACGCCUAUCCUGGCUUUUGAAGAAAAAAAAAAACAUUUGAAGGAUGGGACUAGUGACUUGUGCCAAGACUGUGCUGUAUGAAUGUUUAAUGCUAACUAGUGCAUAAUCUAUUUCUUUUCAUUUCGCAAUAAAACGUGUUUAUAUAUAAAU